AUGUAUCAUUCUGUAAAUCAUCGAGGUAACAAAAUGAAUUGGAAGCAAAAAGGAAAUCCAAUUUAUUCACGAAAGAAAACAAAUCCAACAUUUAUUGCAAUUAAAAAAGUUUUGUUGAAAGUGAAUGAAAUGUCAUCCAGUGAUGUUUGUUUUUGUACGAUAACACGACAAGAUAUAAACUGCCUUGGAAUAAAAUUUAUUAGACUGAAAUUGUUUUCUUUAUCUGAUAAAAUAAAUUAUUGA